AUGGAUGAUAACGACACACUUCUAAAGUAUCAUUUCUCUGGCUCUGACAACAAGUCAGUACCAACCCAUGACACUAUACUUCCGGCUCCUGUCCUCAAAGGACUGGAGGAUUACUAUGUUCCUUGUCUUGCCGCUAUAGGGUGCUGCGUCAACCUAAUAUCGUCCGUGAUAUUCAGUCGCAAUACAACGCUGCGGCGAUUCUCGUCGUCGCAUUAUUUAGCGGCAGUGACAGCGGCCGACACCGGCUUCAUGAUGACACUUCUCAUCAUGUGGCUUCCGCGAAUUCAUAUAAGCUUUUAUCUGGAAGAAGGCUUCUGUCAGCUAUUUCUAUCAUGCAAUUAUAUCUUUCAUUUCCUAUCCAUAUGGUUCAACGUGGCCUUCUUGACUGAUGUGUACAUUAGCACGUGCAGGCCGAGCAAGGCGAAAGAAAUGUGCACGGUCAUCCGUAGCAAGUUUGUAAUUACCGGAUUAACCGUUCUGGCCAUUGUGAUGUUCAUGCAUGUCACCUGGAUGUCAGGCGUGAUACAGGGUAUGUGCAUGCUAUUAGUCCCCUAUGACCCAGAACUUGCUUUUAUUGAUAAAAUACAAACUGUGGUGACCAUACUGAUGCCCGACCUAACUCUCGUGAUCCUAAUUGCCUUAAUAGUGAAAAAGAAAGUCUCUGAUCUAUGCCCAAGUUUCAGGCAAAGUGCCAAUUCUGUCAGUAACGGAUGCGGGCAGGUUCGCACGCAUUACGUCAGAAACACGCCUGCAGACGGCGCCUCCCUGGGGACUCAAAUGGCUAACAGCGUCCACAGUUCUGACAUGACUAUCGUCGCCAUGUGUCUUGUCCUUCUGCAUGUUGUCACCACAUUGCCAGACCACUGUAUAAAGCUGUGGUUCUAUUCUCUGCAGAUGGUCUAUGGAGACAUGGGGUUUCAGCCCAGCCCUUACGAGUAUUCGCUACAGAAGCUUUUCUCUCACCUAGGGCAGCUCCGAUUCGUCCUAAACUUCGUCAUGUUUAUCAUAGUUUCAAGCGACUUUCAAACCGCCAUCCGAGACUCGGUAUCAUUGAUCUGUAAAAGAUUAUUUAAGUGCUCUCCCAGGCGGAAGAGGGCACCCAGGUGCACCGACGGAAGAGUUAUAGAAGAGAGCUUCUCCCUAACUGACGAAACCGUGUCUAAAUCCACCACAGGUGACGUGAAACACGCUGAUGUGGAGGUGUAG